GAACAUACCUAUACCGACGCCAUUGAUCCCAACAGACACCAUACGAAGUCACCGACGUGACGCAGACCGGUGAACAGUUUCCCAGCAGGAGUAUGCAUUGAUCGGUUCACCAUAUAUUGUUUUGGCCUGCACUCGCCAACCGAAAUGGACACUCUCGCCCCAACACCCUCCACGCCCUCUCCUCAGCUUUCCUCCGCUGUACCUGGCCUCGCCCACGAGGUGGAACAUGAAGAGCUCUCCCAGAGUACCAGUCAAAACCAAGUCUUCGAAUCCCCAUUGCUGAGAGAAUCGCAAACUCCAGCACCACAGCUCUCGUCACAGCCGUCCGGAGAAGUGGAGAGACAUCCAAAGGGGAAGAGAAAACGAACUACAGCAAAAGACAAAGCCAUACUCGAGGCAGCCUACAAUGCGAACCCCAAACCCGACAAGGCAGCGCGUCAAGACAUCGUGAACCGCGUCUCCUUAAAUGAAAAAGAAGUUCAGAUUUGGUUCCAAAACCGCCGACAAAACGAUCGCAGGAAAUCACGUCCCUUGUCCCCUCAGGAGAUAGCCGCGCUUCGAUACGGCGGCAUGCAAAUACUGUCCUCAGACAACACCCUUCCUGUGUACACCUCCGAGCCGGAGAAUACCUCGCCCAUCCAGGCUGUUUCAAGUUUAGAUCAGGAAUACUCCUCGCCUCGGGAGGUUGCCUCGCCUAGCAAACUCGACGACCACGAGACCGAGCAGAACCACGAAGACACGCUCCAGGAGGACACUCUCCCUCUACCAGAACCGCAAAUCCAACCUCAAGAGGAGCAACAAAGCUUGCCUCACCCUGUAUACGCGACUCCUGCCCAAAAGCAAAGACACGCCAGUGACGACGACUCCCUCCUAAUGUCUCAGCAUUUGCCGAGCUCGGUUGGCUAUCUGUCCAGCCGAUGGAACUACCCAGCCCACUCCCACGUUCUAUCAACGCCUAUCAGCUUUGACCGAGGAGACGAUUCCUUCAACAACUUCCCUCCUUCAUCAUGUUCGUCUUCGACCUCUGCGCUCCGUCCGCGCCUGUCGACGGGUCUGGACGGCAAGGCAGAAGUUAUCACCUCCCCGCCACAGAAUCCUGCCAGCCUCCCGCCAUCAGAGCUGCAAUCAUUUGACUCGGCAUGCCGGCCCAGCUACCAACGUGGCCCCAGUGAAUCUCCAGUUACUUUACCACCCAUUUCCACCAUUACUAGUAGUCUUCCUUCAUCUCAAAAUGCUGUCCCAUUGCUGCCUCGCCUUGCACGCGGAAGGUCUCGCGACGUUCAUGCCUGGGAGUUCGCUUGUGACGCGGAAAACUGCGAAGACGCGCUGACGGUGCAAGCCAAGCACGAGAGUCGUGGCUCAGCAAUUGCAGCCAUCAGUCUGCUGCGGUCGACGACUUCCAGUACCGCCGGCGGCAGCCCAUUGCAACUGAGCAGGAGCAACAAGCGUAACGCCAGUAUUAGCCAGAUAACUCCCCGAGCGGACAGUUCGACCAAGAAGCCCCGACUGACAAAAGGGCUGGAUGCCACCGGAAGGCUAGUGACGCCCAACAAUAACAACACUUGGGCGGGAAAGAGACAGUCUUUUACAGCAGACACGCCGGCGGAUUUCAGUCACAACACCAAACCCAAGUCCUCAUCCCUGUUCAUCUCCCCACAAGGCAACGAGUCCGACAAGGAGAACUGGAGCCCAGACGAGAACGGAAACCCUCGCUUUUCCUACCACCAACCUUCAUCCGCCAUUCGACCAACAAACCGGCGACUCCUCCCUUCCGGUCCCUUGUCGUCGUCAAUUCACGACAAGGUGACGAAUCCCCGCCGAACACCGGCCCGCCACGCUCUAAUAGAGUCCAGCCCAUCGUUUUCAUUAUCCGGAAACCGUACCAACACCGGCCCUCUUGACGGUGGUGGUAGGGGACAGCACUGCCGUGGAGGAGAUAAACGUGGCGGAGGAGGUUCUGAGCUGAGGAUUUACGAAGACUUUGCUGCGACGACGCAACAUAACACUCCCACCGCUUCCCGUCGUGCUCCUCCUUUCGAGGAUGAUGGCUCGGACGAGGUCGAGCGGUUUAUGCGUGGCGAAAUUAGUCCGAGUAAGAAGGGGGAUGCGGAUGCUGUUGCCGGACUGCUUUCAUUGAGUCAGGGGAACUGGCGGUGAUUCCGGCCUGUCUGGAGAUCUGCCGAACUUCAUUACAUCUCCCAGUCGACGCUUCAGUGCGGAUUUGCUUCG